AUGAGGUAUCCAGCCUUCCUUUCACGAUUUUCACGAUGGAGCUCUUUCCUAAGCCGUUUGGCAGGGCGUUCCAAAUAUCAAAAUUAUCAAUUACCUCCCGAGUUUGGUCGUCCUUCAGAUACGGAAACAUGGGACGAAAUCUCAGCUAAAUUCCUUCUUUUGUGCAAAAUUUACUCAAGCUCGUACGUCUCCGCAAGAUUUGCAAAGAGAAGCGGGGAGAUAUGCAAUCCGCAAAGAUUGGGAUCUUUAUUUGCGCCUGCGAGACAAAUGAAUACGACGGUCAAAGGUUACUCUACGAAAAAUUCAAAUAACGAAUAUGAGCCGAAGUGGAUUGAGUUAGACUUGUUUAUUGAAAUGCAUAAAUCAAUAAUGGAGGCAUCAUUGUUUAGAAUGGCCGCAGGUCUUGGGGAGAGUAUCAUAAAGAACCAUGCGUUCUUGGAUGGAAAUAAGAGAGCUGGCAACCUUGCCAUUAAUAUGUUUUUACUUCUCAAUGGUUACGAACUAGUUUCUUCCGAAAAAAUUUUAAUAGGUGUGGCAACGGGGGAUAUUGAUUUAGACAUGUUGGAGUCUUGGAUUGCCAAUAAUGUAAAAGCAAAAAAUAAGUGA